AUGGCUCACUUAAUUCGACACAAGAUCGGCAACAAGCUGACCAAUGCGGCCAACACAGUGUCCAAUAAGUCUCAGGCCAAGGUAAGCGGAGUGUUUGCCAGGCUGGGCUUCCAGGCCGCUACGGAUGAAGAGGGUCUGGGGUUCGUGGACUGCGAUGACUUGGAUUUUGACUACAGACAGGGGAUGCAGAUGGACAUCAUGCAGGGUGACGAAGAAGGGGGAGAUAUGGACGGAGGAGACGAGUUGAUGGUGGGGGACAGCCACUACCAGAGAGACGGAACCGGUCCACCAUCCUCUUCCUCCCUCAAGAACACUGGGGCGUGUAACGAGUUGGCAUUAGAGGACAAACCCAAAAUUACCACUUGGGAUGCGGGGUGGAACGUCACCAAUGCCAUUCAGGGGAUGUUCGUCCUUGGGUUACCAUACGCCAUUCUUCACGGAGGAUACCUCGGACUCUUUCUUAUCAUAUUUGCCGCCGUUGUAUGUUGUUACACCGGAAAGAUUCUUAUUGCGUGUCUGUAUGAAGAGAAUGAGGAUGGAAUUCUGGUGCGCGUGAGGGACUCCUACGUGGACAUCGCCAACGCGUGCUGCCAGCCACGGUUCCCGUCUCUGGGCGGACAUAUAGUUAACGUUGCUCAGAUCAUUGAGUUGGUCAUGACCUGUAUCCUGUACGUGGUGGUCAGCGGCAACCUGAUGGUUAACAGCUUCCCCAAUCUGCCGGUCUCGCAGAAGGCCUGGUCUGUAGUCGCCACGGCUGCCCUCCUGCCUUGCGCGUUCCUCAAGAGCCUCAAGGCGGUGUCCAAGUUCAGCUUACUCUGCACCAUCGCGCACUUUGUCAUCAACAUCAUGGUGAUAGCCUACUGCCUCUCCAGAGCCCGAGACUGGGCCUGGGACAAAGUCAAGUUCUAUAUCGAUGUCAAGAAGUUUCCCAUCUCCAUCGGCAUCAUCGUCUUCAGCUACACGUCCCAGAUCUUCCUGCCCUCGCUGGAGGGGAACAUGCAGAGGCCAAAGGAGUUCCACUGCAUGAUGGACUGGACCCACAUCGGAGCCUGCGUUCUGAAGGGCCUGUUCGCUCUGGUGGCCUACUUGACUUGGGCAGAUGCCACCAAAGAGGUUAUCACGGACAACCUGCCGUCCACCAUCAGAGCGGUGGUCAACCUGUUCCUGGUGGCCAAGGCCUUGCUUUCGUAUCCGCUGCCGUUCUUCGCUGCUGUAGAGGUCCUGGAGAAGUCAUUUUUCCAGGAUGGAGGGCGCGCUAUUUUCCCUGACUGUUAUGGGCCGGGAGGACGGAUUAAGUCCUGGGGACUGGGCCUCCGGUGCCUCCUGGUGGUGUUCACGUUGAUCAUGGCCAUCUUUGUCCCGCACUUCGCACUCCUCAUGGGCCUAACCGGGAGUCUUACCGGCGCCGGGUUGUGCUUCCUUCUCCCGGCUCUCUUUCAUCUAAAACUGAUGUGGAGGAAACUCUUAUGGCACCACGUGUUCUUCGACGUCGCCAUAUUCGUUAUAGGAGGCAUAUGCAGCAUUUCUGGGUUUAUUCACUCGGUAGAGGGGCUCAUUGAGGCAUUCAAAUAUGGAGUCGAGGAAUAA